AUGUCAUCUCUGUCUUUCUGCUCUGAAUGCAAUAAUCUGCUGUAUCCUAAAGCGGACCCACAGCGGCGAAUGAUGGUCUAUGCUUGCCGCAUCUGCCCUUACGAAGAGGACGGAGGAAACCGAGCACGCGUUUAUCGAAAUGAUUUGCUCACUGUAACAAAGGAGCAGGUCGGAGUCACGACUGACCUUGGAACUGAUCCAACUCUUGCCCACUCCAACAUCCCAUGUCCGAGCUGUGGCCAUGAAGACGCGGUUUUCUACCAGGACCAAUCCAAACGUAAAGAGACCCGAAUGAUCCUCUUCUUCGUCUGUACGAAGUGCAAUAAUAGCUUCACGGACCCGUCGGUUGAUCUAGAGGCCCGCGCGACGACAUUUUAG